AUUCUCGUGAUUUAUACAACACACUACCUAGGACUUUCCGUAUAUAUAAUUAUAUUAUCAUUUUUGCCAACAAAUAAUUAUAAAUUAAAAAAUGAUUUUGAUUGGGGUAUAAAUCGAGCUGUUUUUUUGCUGUAAUAAUAAUUUCACAAAUUUUUCUCUUUUUUCCUUUUUUUCUUUGCAGCUUUUAAAUAAUUUUAUUUUGUUGUCUCUCCAUCUUCUCUCUUUGGCUAAGAAGAACCAUAACAGCAGCUUAAAAGAAAGAAAAGGACUAAUAAUCUCUCUGUUUUUCUCUGUCUAAAGAAAGAAAUGGAAGACGAUCGCAAAGAGAAGAACACGCCGUGGCUAUCAGUGCCACAGUUUGGUGAUUGGGACCAAAAAGGAGGAGGAACAAUGCCUGACUACUCUAUGGAUUUCACUAAGAUUAGAGAGAUGAGGAAACAAAACAAAAGAGACCCUUCUCGUGCCAGUUUAGGCAACGAGGAUGAGCUCAUUAAUCCACCCGACUCAGCUGCUACUUCAACUACUGCUAAACUCACCACUAUCCAAAGCCAAAACCGACCUGACUUUUCUCCCAUCCACCAUCACCAACCACAUUCUCCUUCUACGAGGAGAAGCAUCUUCAGCUGCUUCAACUGCUGCGUCAAGGCUUGAAGGUUUCUUUUUUUAAGCAAAGGAGCAGUUUCAUUAUUGACUUGUGUGAUUCGAAUAUGGAAAUGUAAUGUAAUGACCCUUUAAUAUAUGUUUCAAUCCAUUUCUCUUUUUCUUUCUU